AUGAUUAAAAAAGAACUAGAAAAGAACCGCUAAAAGCGUUAAGAUUAUAUUGCUGAGUUAAAAAUAUAUCAAAACAAACUGCAAAAGUGUCUUAAGGAGAAGGACUAAUUUUCACAGCAAAUUGAGUUUUUGUAGCAUGAAAUUUCCAUUUCUUAAAGUGUCUUAAAAGAUUGCAUCAAUGAAUUCAAUGAAGAUGCCUUCUUUGAGAUUGGCUAACUUCCAAAAAACAUUGUAAAGCAAAAAGAAGUGAGCAAUAUUCUUGCAAUAUUCAGUGAAUGCUUGGGAAUAACACUAACAACUCUAGAGUUCAAAAUAGAUAUGUUCAAGAAAGGAAAUAAGAAUUAGUUUAAUCAUUACGACGAGUUAGUUGAUUAAAUGAGUGAAAUGUCAAGAAAUGAAGAAAAGUAAACUGAGUUCUUCAAGAUAUUGGAUGUUAAGCAAUGGGAUAAAUUACUUGAAAUUUGGAAAUAAAAACCUGUCUUAGAUUAAUUAAUGAAAAGCAAAACAGAUAAGUAAGAAAAAUACAAAGUGAAAGAUAAUCUGAGAGGUCUUAAGAUCAUUUGCAAAUGGAUCUGUGGAUUGAUUGAGAUUCAUUUCAAGUUCCAAGCUAUUUGCUUUGUUAAGAAGAAGCUGGAUAAAACUAAAUACAAGAAUUAGUUAGCAUCAUCUAAGCCUUUUUCAUCAGAAUUACAAAGCACAACAAUUAGUUCAAAGUUUGAGAGGUCGAUAGGAGAAUCAGAAUUCAGACAAAUUAAAAUGAUAUCUGACCAAAGAGAUCAAAGAAAGCUGAUACCCUUCGAUUUAGCUUAAAAACCUAAGCCGAGAUUUGAUAAACCUUAAUAAGACAGCGGAAUAAUAACAACGGUUCCCUUAUAGAUUGCUGCAAAAAAUAAAACAUAAAAAAGUUAAAGUUUCAAGAACUCUAUGAUUCGAAGUUCAUCGAUGCCAAGAGACGGAAUGAAAAAUAAGCAAUAAUAGAAGCUAGAGACUUCCAAAUAAUCAAGAAUAAGCUUGAUGAAGACUUCAAAUGGAUCAACUUAUGAUAUUAUCAAAGAAAGUAAUGAAUAUUCUAUGAGUUAAGAGAAAACUGUAAAUCAGGAAUCAAUCUACGAGGCACUUUUUAAAAUGGAUUAUUAAUCGAUCGACUCUAUGAUUAACACCAAAGCUAAUAAUAGCUUUGUGAAAACAUUGCCUAAUCAAACAUCUCGCACAACCAACAAAGAUAUACCUAGAUAGUCAACUGAAUUUGAAAAAUAGUAGUCUUAAGCACAAUAUUUAGAUGAUAUUUCCUUCUAUGAUGUGGAUCUCAGAUCAGGUUUGGACUAAGAUCUUGAAAAUUUUGUAAAUAAACGACUAUAAAAAUUAACAGAGAUGGCUUAGCAUCAUCACCAAAUAUAAAACCACAACUAAUAGUGCAGAUUCUUUUGUUUUUGA